AUGCGGCAUGAGUUUUGGAAGGCCCAAGUGUUGGUGGAGAGAGCUGUUGAUGCAGUGGAUGUGGCAAAUGCCCAGUUGGCAUUAGGGGGAAUGUAUGUGUCUAAAGCUCAGACACAGCUCUUAGCGCGGGAAGAAGCAGAGAAGUCGAAGGAGGAUGGUGGAUGCAUUAAAGGGACAUUUGGCCAAGUUGUGACACAUGAUGGUUUCUUGAGGGACCAAGCAGAGCACGCUCAGAGAAAAUUAAAUGAGCAAGAGUUGGAACGAUGGAAGGAAGAGGCUAAGGAGCGGUGGAAAGUGUUCAACAACUCACAGAAGGCAGAAAUAACAAGCUGGCAUGAAGAAAAAGCGCACUUGGCCACACUCAAACAAAAAGCACCACCAAAGCCACUGGAGGACACUGAAGCAUUGAAGAUUGCACCCAGCAUGGACCUCGAGGUAGGGAACGACAGGAGGCGAUGGCCAGUGAUGAUGACUACCUCCACUCCUUCCUCACUAACCUCAGAGCUCCCAUAUUCUGCAAUCACCUCGGUAUCCCUCGAUGGUCACCACCCCCUCUUUUCAAUUUAUUACCUAUGCCUCCCUAAUGCACUCCCACCUCCGCUGGGCAAUACACUCGCUUGCCCUGCAAGUCCACCUUUCAGGCCUAUCCCUCCUUUCCAUUUCUGGGUUAUCGCCUACCAUCCUGCUAACCCCGUAACCCAACUCGUUGGUAAUAUUCAAUCGGCUAAUGUUUAA